AUGCAUGGUAACUCUAUGUUCUCGCUAUCUGGGAUGCUGCCAAUGUAUGAUCCGUGGCCUAUGAGGGUCAACCGUCGAGAAGACUUGCCGCAGAAAGCUGAAUUGCUGCUACCAGCCACGAUCCAUGGCUUCAACCUUAAGGAAAAGAGAUGGGUCAAUUUAUUUGUCGAUAAUAUCCAUGAAGUAGACUGGAAUCACAGGGCAUUUGAUCGCCUUGUAUUGGAUGUCAAGAUCAAGGAAAUGAUUCGUGCACUCGUCGACGUCCAGACUUCGGCAAAGAAGAUGGAUGACAUCAUCACUGGGAAAGGCAACGGCUUGAUAAUACUUCUCCAUGGAAGUCCCGGGACUGGCAAGACAUUGACGGCAGAAAGUGUUGCAGAGAUUGCAGAAAAGCCGUUGUACCGAGUUACUUGCGGAGACAUUGUUCUUCUGUUGGAUGAAGCGGACGUUUUCCUGGAAGAGAGAACUAUGGCAGACUUGCAGCGAAACAGUCUUGUAUCUGUCUUCUUAAGGCUACUCGAGUACUACGAAGGCAUUCUCAUACUGACGUCCAACCGCGUCGGAACGUUUGACGAGGCAUUCAAAUCUCGCAUCCAGGUAGCGAUUCACUACGACAACCUCACCAAGAUGUCCCGUAAAGCAAUCUGGCAGAACUUCUUCGACAUGAUUGAGGAGUCAACUGAUGAAGAUGCCAACAUGCCGGAACUACAAAGACGACUCGACCAAUUGGCAUCAGAAGAGAUGAACGGCAGACAAAUCCGGAACGCGCUACUGACGGCGCGACAACUUGCGAAGCAUCGCAAGGAACGAUUGGACUGGGAACACCUCAGCCAAGUUAUCAAAACUUCUGCUGCUUUUAAUAAGUACCUAAAGGCAGUUCGCGGACAUACUGAUGAGCAGUGGGCAAGGGGAGAAUCGCUGCGUUAA